GUGAGCUUCCUCUGUGCUGUCUUAAUGACGGAUCGGCGGUGAUCGACGGUGAUCGUCGAGCGAGCUGAGCCAGAGCCACACGCUCCGUGAUACCUACAAACCUCAACAAGGCUGAGGUCUGAUUACCCUCCUACCUAACUAUAAAGUAUAAAGCGAGCACUCAUCUUCCGUCAACCUGCCCUCGUUGCAUCCCAUCGGACAAACAUACAAGAACCAGAGAAUACCCCCUCACAUCUCGCUCUCUUUGAAAAACCCACAUAUUCAAAAAGAAGACGAAAAGAAAAAAAAAAAAAAAUGAAGCUCACCCUCACCGCUCUCCUACUGGCCCCUCUGGCCCUCGCCCUCGACAACAGCCAAGCCCUGCCCGAGCAAGAGCUCUCCGACAACUCUGUCGCCGCGGGUCUCGCCAGCUCCGAUGUGGCGGCCCCCAACAAAGCGAACAAGCCGAAUGAUGAUGCUGCCCUGAUGAACGCCGCCGCGGUGGUAUGCCCCGUCAACUAUCCGUACUACUGCGCCUCCGCCGACCUCUGCUGCCCGUACAACAUCUGCUGCAGCCGGCAGUGCUGCGCGCCCGAUGCGCAGUUCUGCUCUAGCGGGCUGUGCUACAGAUACAGCUAGGUUCCAUGGAUUUUUAGUCCGGCGCAGAAGACAUUACAGGUUAUCUUUCGUCUGGCGAUCUGGAGUGUAUGUUCCCUUCCUGGAUGGAAACUCGUUAGGGCACAGUUAGAGACGGGGAGGAGCGUCGAGAGCA